AUGUCCUGUGUUAGCCUGAAUGACUCCCACAAUCAGAUGGUGGUGCACUGGGCCGGAGAGAAAAGCAACGUGAUCGUGGCCUUAGCCCGGGACAGCCUGGCACUGGCGAGGCCCAGGAGCAGUGACUACAUCUUUGCAGAUGCUUAUGCCCAGUACCUCUGGAUCACGUUUGACUUCUGCAACACCCUCCAAGGCUUUUCCAUCCCAUUCCGGGCGGCCGACCUCCUGCUGCAUAGCAAGGCCUCCAACCUUCUCCUGGGCUUUGACAGGUCUCACCCCAACAAGCAGCUGUGGAAGUCGGAUGAUUUUGGCCAGACCUGGAUCCUGAUUCAGGAACACGUGAAAUCCUUUUCUUGGGGUGUUGAUCCCUAUGACAAGCCGAACACCAUCUACGUCGAGCGGCACGAGCCCUCUGGCUACUCCACGGUGUUCCGAAGUACAGACUUCUUCCAGUCCCGGGAGAACCAGGAAGUGAUCCUGGAGGAAGUGAGAGACUUUCAGCUCCGGGACAAGUACAUGUUUGCUACCAAGGUGGUGCAUCUCCUGGGCAGUCCGCAGCCGUCUUCUGUCCAGCUCUGGGUCUCCUUUGGCCGGAAGCCCAUGCGAGCGGCCCAGUUUGUCACAAGACAUCCUAUUAAUGAAUAUUACAUCGCAGAUGCCUCCGAGGACCAGGUAUUUGUGUGCGUCAGUCAUAGUAACAGCCGCACCAACUUGUACAUCUCGGAGGCAGAAGGGCUGAAAUUCUCCCUGUCCUUGGAGAACGUGCUGUAUUACAGCCCAGGAGGGGCGGGCAGUGACACGCUGGUGAGGUAUUUUGCAAAUGAGCCAUUUGCUGACUUCCACCGAGUGGAAGGGUUACAAGGAGUCUACAUUGCUACUCUGAUAAACGGUUCUAUGAAUGAGGAGAACAUGAGAUCAGUCAUCACCUUUGACAAAGGUGGCACCUGGGAAUUUCUUCAGGCGCCAGCCUUCACAGGAUAUGGAGAAAAAAUCAAUUGUGAGCUCGCCCAGGGCUGUUCCCUCCACCUGGCCCAGCGGCUCAGCCAGCUGCUCAACCUUCAGCUCCGGAGGAUGCCCAUCCUGUCCAAGGAGUCCGCUCCCGGGCUCAUCAUUGCCACUGGGUCAGUGGGAAAGAACUUGGCAAGCAAGACGAACGUGUACAUCUCCAGCAGUGCCGGAGCCCGAUGGCGAGAGGCACUUCCUGGACCUCACUACUAUACUUGGGGAGAUCAUGGCGGCAUCAUCAUGGCCAUCGCCCAGGGCAUGGAAACCAAUGAGCUGAAAUACAGUACCAACGAAGGGGAGACCUGGAAAACGUUCAUCUUCUCCGAGAGCCCAGUGUUUGUGUACGGGCUCCUCACGGAACCCGGCGAGAAGAGCACUGUCUUCACCAUCUUUGGCUCCAACAAGGAGAAUGUCCACAGCUGGCUGAUCCUGCAGGUCAAUGCCACGGGUGCCUUGGUCGCUGGCACGUAUGACUUUGGCUUCAAGAUGAGUGAAGAUCUGGCAUUAGAGGUCUGUGUUCCGGAUCCUGAGUUUUCUGGGAAGUCAUACUCCCCUCCUGUGCCUUGUCCUGUGGGUUCUACAUACAGGAGAACAAGAGGCUAUCGGAAGAUUUCUGGGGACACUUGCAGUGGAGGAGACGUUGAAACACGGCUGGAAGGAGAACUGGUCCCUUGUCCCUUGGCAGAGGAGAAUGAGUUCAUCCUGUACGCCAUGCGGAAGUCCAUCCACCGCUAUGACCUGGCCUCAGGAGCCACGGAGCAGCUGCCUCUCACUGGCUUGCGGGCCGCAGUGGCCCUGGACUUUGACUAUGAGCAGAACUGCUUGUAUUGGUCUGACCUGGCCUUGGACAUCAUCCAGCGCCUCUGUCUGAAUGGGAGUACAGGGCAAGAGGUGAUCAUCAACUCCGGCCUGGAGACCGUAGAGGCCUUGGCUUUUGAACCCCUCAGCCAGUUAUUGUACUGGGUGGAUUCUGGCUUUAAAAAGAUUGAGGUAGCUAAUCCAGAUGGUGACUUCCGACUCACGAUCGUCAACUCCUCUGUGCUCGAUCGGCCCCGGGCCCUGGUCCUCCUGCCCCAAGACGGGGUGAUGUUCUGGACUGACUGGGGAGACCUGAAGCCAGGAAUUUAUCGGAGCAACAUGGACGGUUCUGCUGUGCAUCGUCUCGUGUCAGAGGACGUGAAGUGGCCCAACGGCAUCGCUGUGGAUGACCAGUGGAUCUACUGGACAGACGCCUACCUGGACUGCAUCGAGCGGAUCACCUUUGAUGGCCAACAGCGUUCCGUCAUCCUGGACAACCUCCCCCACCCCUACGCCAUCGCCGUCUUUAAGAAUGAAAUCUACUGGGAUGAUUGGUCGCAGCUCAGCAUCUUCCGAGCUUCCAAGUACACCGGCUCUCAGAUGGCGAUUCUGGCAAGCCAGCUCACGGGGCUGAUGGACAUGAAGAUUUUCUACAAGGGGAAGACGACUGGAAGCAACGCCUGUGUGUCCAGGCCGUGCAGCCUGCUCUGCCUGCCCAGGGCCAACAACAGUAAGAGCUGCCGGUGUCCGGAGGGCGUGUCCAGCACUGUCCUCCCGUCCGGGUACCUGAUGUGCGACUGCCCGCAGGGCUAUCAGCGGGAGAACAGCACCUGCGUCAAAGAAGAGAACACCUGUCUCCGUAACCAGUACCGCUGCAGCAACGGGAACUGUAUCAACAGCAUUUGGUGGUGCGACUUUGACAACGACUGUGGCGACAUGAGCGACGAGAGAAACUGCCCCACUACCGUUUGUGAUCUGGAUACCCAGUUCCGUUGCCAGGAGUCCGGGACCUGCAUCCCCCUCUCCUAUAAAUGUGACCUCGAGGAUGACUGUGGAGACAAUAGCGAUGAAAGUCAUUGUGAAAUGCACCAGUGCCGGAGUGACGAAUACAACUGCAGUUCGGGCAUGUGCAUCCGCUCCUCCUGGGUGUGUGACGGGGACAAUGACUGCAGAGACUGGUCUGAUGAAGCCAACUGCACCGCCAUCUACCACACCUGCGAAGCCUCCAACUUCCAGUGUCACAACGGGCACUGUAUCCCCCAGCGGUGGGCGUGUGAUGGCGACAUGGAUUGCCAGGACGGUUCUGAUGAGGAUCCCGUGAAGUGCGAGAAGAAGUGUAACGGCUUCCGCUGCCCGAACGGCACCUGCAUCCCCUCCAGCAAGCAUUGUGACGGUCUGCGGGACUGCUCGGACGGCUCCGACGAGCAGCACUGCGCCCAAGACCCUGAGUUCCACAAGGUGUGCGAUGAGUUCAGUUUCCAGUGCCAAAACGGAGUGUGCGUCAGCUUGAUUUGGAAAUGCGACGGCAUGGACGACUGCGGCGACUACUCUGACGAAGCCAACUGCGAAAACCCCACAGAAGCCCCAAACUGCUCCCGCUACUUCGAGUUCCAGUGUGAGAAUGGCCACUGCAUCCCCAACAGGUGGAAGUGUGACAGGGAGAACGACUGUGAGGACUGGUCUGAUGAGAAGGACUGUGGAGAUUCACACGUUCUUCCCUCCCCGACGCCCGGGCCCUCCACGUGUCUGCCCAAUUACUACCGCUGCAGCAGUGGGGCGUGCGUGAUGGACAGCUGGGUAUGUGAUGGGUACCGAGAUUGUGCAGAUGGCUCAGACGAGGAAGCCUGCCCCUCGCCUGCCACACACAGCACCUUGACCUGUAUGAGCAUGGAGUUCAAGUGUGAGGACGGCGAGGCCUGCAUCGUGCUCUCCGAGCGCUGUGACGGCUUCCUGGACUGCUCAGACGAGAGUGACGAGAGGGCCUGCAGCGAUGAACUAACUGUAUACAAAGUACAGAAUCUCCAGUGGACAGCUGACUUCUCGGGGAAUGUAACUUUGACCUGGAUACGGCCCAAGAAGAUGCCCUCCGCUUCUUGUGUCUACAACGUCUACUACAGGGUGGUUGGAGAGGGCAUGUGGAAGACCGUGGAGACCCACAGCAAUAAAACAAGCAUGAUAUUGAAAGUCUUGAAGCCAGAUACCACGUAUCAGGUUAAAGUCCAAGUGCAGUGCCUGAGCAAGGUGCACAACACCAACGACUUUGUGACUCUGAGGACGCCGGAAGGAUUGCCAGACGCCCCUCGCAGUCUCCAGCUGUCGCUCCACAGGGAAGAGGAAGGCGUGAUUGUGGCCCACUGGAUUCCUCCCGCCCACACGCAUGGCCUCAUUCGAGAGUACAUUGUGGAAUACAGCAGGAAUGCUUCCAGGAUGUGGGCGUCCCAGAGGGCUGCCAGUAACGUCACGGAAAUAAAGAAUUUACUGGUUAACACUCCGUACACCGUCCGAGUGGCUGCGGUGACUAGCCGUGGAGUAGGAAACUGGAGCGAUUCUAAAUCCAUUAUCACCGUCAAAGGCAAAGUGAUCCCACCACCAGAUAUCCGCAUUGACAGCUACAGUGAGAAUUCUCUAAGCUUCACCCUGACCAUGGAUAGUGACGUCAAGGUGAAUGGCUAUGUGGUGAACCUCUUCUGGGCAUUUGACACCCACAAACAAGAGAAGAUAACUUUGAACUUCCGGGGGAACAUCUUGUCGCACAAAGUUACCAAUCUGACCGCUCAUACAUCUUAUGAGAUUUCUGCCUGGGCCAAGACUGAUUUAGGGGAUAGCCCUCUGGCGUUCGAGCAUGUCAUGACCAAAGGAGUCCGCCCACCUGCUCCUAGCCUCAAAGCCAAGGCCAUCAAUCAGACUGCAGUGGAAUGCACCUGGACUGGCCCCAGGAAUGUGGUUUAUGGCAUUUUCUACGCUACAUCCUUCCUUGACCUGUAUCGCAGUCCGAAGAGCUUGACUACUUCACUCCACAACAAAACAGUCAUUGUCAGGAGGGAUGAGCAGUAUUUGUUUCUGGUCCGGGUGGUGGUGCCCUACCUAGGGCCGUCCUCCGACUACGUUGUGGUAAGGAUGAUCCCAGACAACAGGCUCCCACCUCGUCACCUGCAUGUGGUUCGCACCGGCAAAACCUCGGCUGUCAUCAAGUGGGAAUCCCCGUAUGAUUCUCCUGACCAGGACCUGUUGUAUGCAAUUGCGGUUAAAGAUCUGAUAAGGAAGAGUGAUAGAAGCUACAAAAUAAGAUCCCGCAACAGUACUGUGGAAUACACCCUUAACAAGUUGCAACCUGGAGGAAAAUACCACGUCAUUGUCCAACUGGGGAACAUGAGCAAAGAUUCCAGUAUAAAAAUCACCACAGUUUCAUUGUCCGCACCUGAUGCCUUAAAAAUCAUAACAGAAAACGACCACGUCCUUCUGUUUUGGAAGAGUCUAGCUUUGAAGGAAAAGCAUUUCAAUGAAAGCAGGGGCUAUGAGAUACACAUGUUGGAUGGAGCCAUGAAUAUCUCAGCUUACCUUGGGAAUACUACUGACACUUUCUUUAAAAUUUCCAACCUGAAAUUGGGUCAUAAUUACACUUUCACUGUGCAAGCAAGAUGCCUUUUUGGCAGCCAGAUCUGUGGGGAGCCUGCUGUCCUGCUGUAUGACGAACUGGGGUCUGGUGCGGGUGCGUCCGCGGCCCGGGCGGCCAGGUCUACGGAUGUGGCCGCCGUGGUGGUACCCAUCCUGUUCCUGAUACUGCUGAGCCUGGCGGUGGGGUUUGCCGUCCUGUACACGAAGCAUCGGAGGCUGCGGAGCAGCUUUACCGCUUUCGCCAACAGCCACUACAGCUCCAGGCUGGGCUCGGCCAUCUUCUCCUCCGGGGACGACCUGGGGGAAGAUGACGAGGAUGCUCCUAUGAUAACUGGAUUUUCAGACGACGUCCCCAUGGUGAUAGCCUGAAAGAGCUUUUCCUCACUAGAAACCAAAUGGUGUAAAUAUUUUAUUUGAUAAAGAUAGUUGAUGGUUUAUUUUAAAAAGAUGCACUUUGAGUUGCAAUAUGUUAUUUUUAUAUGGGCCAAAAACAAAAGACAAAAACAAAAAACAAAAAAAAAAAGGAAAGAAAGGAAUGGGUACACUUUGUAGUCAUCAACUGUGAACUUCCAACCAGGUUGAUUUUAGUAACCAAAUUGCUUUAAUUUCAUAUUAAUGUAGUCUUACAGGGCUGUGCUUGCUGGGCAUGCUUUUAAGUCUGUGAGAUCAUUUUGAUUCAAUAAACUGGCCGUUCUUUUUAUUUUUCUAA